AUGGUCGAAGUUGAGUUGCCAGCUACACUACUCUGGAUUCUUACUCCGAAACUAGAUCUUCUUUCCCGCAGCGACGCCUACCAAGAACUGGCUUUCAGGCUCCGUCAGCAGGGGUAUCAGGCUCAUCUGAUAUCUCGAAAGAAGAAGUGUAUGGCGAAAGAAAAUGCAGUCGUGAAGGCUACGAGUGUCGUUCCUCCUGAACAGGGUCAGGGUGAGGUUGACGGGGAACUUAAAGUGUCCGAAUCUGUGAGGCCCAAUUCCCCGGAAAAAUCUCCACUAGCUGAGGGGACUGGCACACAAGGCUUGCCCAUCGGAAAUUGCCCAUCUGCCUCUUCUCCUGUGAUUUCGAUGCCCGAAACUGUCAAACCGACUGGAGACGCUUCUAGCACGCGAGAAGCUGCUUAUGAUGCUACUUCGAAGCAAUCAGUUCGACGAGCAGUCUCGGAAAGCCGCGAAGCGGUAAGUACUUCAAUUUUCCUGAAUUGA